AUCAUCAACAAUGGCAACAAAUACGAAUAUUUUAUUUGAAUGUUUACAAUUUUCACCAUCAUCAACAAACGGUUCUUGUGGCCAAUCAAUACCAAUGAAUCGUUGGAUUAUACAUAAAACUGAUGAUCUAAUAGAUGUUAUGUCUCAUGAUCCAGAUAAUCUUAUUGAAUAUGUAUUAUUUCUUGAAGAUGAACAAGCUCAAUAUCGUCUUUAUUGGCCACAAUAUGUAAAUAAUGGAUUGAAUGCUAAUGCCAAUGUAUUUUGUCUUCAUUUUGAUUAUAUUCAAUCAAAUCAAUGUAACUUUAAUGGUUAUCAUUGUUUAAUUAAUGCAACAUUCACUGAUGAACGUAUCAAUAUAAAUCCAAAUAUUACUUUUGAAUAUAUUGAUUCAAAUGGUUGGCUACAAAUGUUCAUGCAAUUUGAUUUAACACAUCAAUCGUAUAUUGAUAGACCAUUAUUGACCAUUAAUGGUCAAAUUUAUCGACAAAAAUCUACGGAAAAUAUAGAAAACAUUUUGAAAUUAAAUACAGGUGCAUAUUUUGCUAUUAAAAUGAUUAAAGUUCUUGAUGGCAAAUGUCCACAACGUAUUGAUCCAAGAAAAAGUUUUUGGAUAAGUAUAAUGGUCAUAUUCAGUAUCAUGACGUUAUCACCAUUCAUCUAUUUAAUUAUGCAAAAAAUAAUGGAAGAAUUUCGUAAACGUAAUCCAUCAUCAUCAUCAAACAAGUUAAAUGUAUGUUACACAAAAAAACCAUCACAUAGCGGCAUCUUGUGAUUGGAAAACGAAACAAAAUUCAAUUAUUCAAAAUAUCUUUACUAUGGAUCAAAAAAAAAA